AUGGCCGACAAGGAAGCAGCCUUUGACGACGCAGUGGAAGAACGAGGGAUCAACAAGGAGUACAAAAAAUGGAAAAAGAACACCCCUUUUCUUUAUGAUUUAGUGUUGACCCAUGCUCUGGAGUGGCCCAGCCUAACUGCCCAGUGGCUUCCAGAUAUAACCAGACCAGAAGGGAAAGAUUUCAGCAUUCAUCAACUUGUCCUGGGGACAUACACAUUGGACGAACAAAACCAUCUCAUUAUAGCCAGUGUGCAACUCCCUAAUGAUGACGCUCAGUUUGAUGCGUCACACUACAACACUGAGAAAGGAGAAUUUGGAGGUUUUUAUUCAGUUAGAGGAAAAAUUGAAAUAGAAAUCAAGAUCAACCAUGAAGGAGAAGUAAACAAGGUCCAUUAUAUGCCCCAGAACCCUUGUAUCAUCUCAACUAAGACUCCUUCCAGUGAUGUUCUUGUCUUUGACUAUACAAAACACCUUUCUAAACCAGAUCCUUCUGGAGAGUGCGAUCCAGACUUGUGUCUCCGUGGACAUCAGAAGGAAGGCUAUGGGCUUUCUUGGAACCCAAAUCUCUGUGGGCACUUACUUAGUGCUUCAGAUGACCACACCAGCUGCCUGUGGGACAUCAGUGCUGUCCCAAAGGAGAGAAAAGUGGUGGAUGUGAAGACCAUCUUUACAGGGCAUACAGCAGUAGUAGAUGUUUCCUGGCAUCUGCUCCAUGAGUCUCUGUUUGGGUCAGUUGCUGAUGAUCAGAAACUUAUGAUUUGGGAUACUUGUUCAAACAGUGCUUCCAAACCAAGCCGUUCAGUUGACGCUCACACUGCUGAAGUGACGCUCACACUGUGCCUCUCUUUCAAUCCUUAUAGUGAGUUCAUUCUUGCCACAGGAUCUGCUGACAAGACUGUUGCCUUGCGGGAUCUGAGAAAUCUGAAACAUAAGUUGCAUUCCUUUGAAUUACAUAAGGAUAAAAUAUUCCAGGUUCAGUGGUUACCUCACAAUGAGACUAUUUUGGCUUCCAGUGGUACCAAUCACAGACUGAAUGUCUGGGAUUUAAGUAAAAUUGGAGAGAAACAAUCCCCAGAAGAUAAAGAAGAUGGGCCACCAGAGUUGUUGUUUAUUCAUGGUGGUCACACUGCCAAGAUACCUGAUUUCUCCUGGAAUCCCAAUGAACCUUGGGUGAUUUGUUCUGUACCAGAAGACAAUAUCAUGCAAGUGUGGCAAAUGGCAGAGAACAUUUACAACGAUGAAGACCCUGAAGGAAGCGUGGAUCCAGAAGGACAAGAGUCCUAGAUAUGUCUUUACUUCUUGUGAUUUUAGACUCCCCUUUUUUCUUCUCAACCCUGAGAGUGAUUCAACACUGGUUUC